UGUAAAAACAGACAGAGAGAGCGGUCGGUGCUGGAAUUCUUGCACCCCGCUGGCUUCCUGCUGCUUUCCAUCUUCCAUCACAGAGGGGAUCUGGGGCCAUAAACAGACGGAGGCGCUUUGAGGCAUUGUAUAGAAGGACUUAUACAAUAUAUUCAACGUGGGCUGUGCGUGGUGAACUUUGUGGGGUCCAGAUCCUUGCUUGCCUCUCACUGGGCUCCCCCUCCCUCCAGCCAACUCUUGGCGAGGUCAUUCCAAUGAGAAGGAAGGAGGCCAGAAGGCAAGGUCGACCUCUCUCUCUCUCUCUUUCUUUAUCUCUCUGUGUUUCAAGCCUUGUCUUUCUCGCUAGAGAAGGCUCCGAAGGAGUCUGUGGGGCUGAUUUGAACCCGCCUUCGCCAGCGUCGAGAAAAAAAAGGAAGGGAGGAAAAAAAGACUUGCUGUGGGCAGCAAAGAAGAUGCACGCAAGCGCAUCCCAAAUGCGCUCGGCUGGGUUUAUUGGGCGGCUGAGAGCGAUGCCACCUCCGGAGAGAACGGCGUGAUUUGGGAAGUGUCUGGAGAGAAGGAGGAAGGAGGCGAGAGAGACACACACAGAGAGAGAAAAGGGAAGCGGCAAGGAGGAGGAUUCAGCACCUUGGAGAGCGACGUGUCUCACACACAGACGGAGACAGAAGAGAAGCGGCAAAUAGGAGGAUUCAGCACCUUGGAGAGCGGCGUCUCUCUCAUACAGAGAGACGGGGACAGAAGGGAAGCGGGGAGGAUUCAGUACCUUGGAGAGCGGCGUCUGGUUUCGCCAAGCAAAGAGAAGACCCAAAGUGCUUCCUUGUUCCCCAGAGAAGCCAAGCUGGGUCUGGAAGCCACGGAGCUCAAGUGAAGAAGAAGGAGGGACGAAAUUUUGCCGCCUCUGAAGAGGAAGGAGUCGUAUCCCCCCCACCCCCCAAAUCCUUCCUCCGGCGAAGGCGUCGCUUGCCUCCCUGACCUGGUGUCAGGAACGAUGACCGAGCGAGGAUGUGCACCAGCAGCCAGAUCAUCGGGAGCCUCCUGGUGCUCUCCGUGCUGGAGAUAGGGCUGGGGGUCUCCAGCGUGGCCGUGGGCGCCGUCAGUUUCAGCCUGGUGCUGGCCAACGCCGAGCGGGCCACGCAGCUGGGAGACUCUUCUCCGGUAUGGAGCGGGGUGUGUUUUCUGCUUUGUGGAGCAUGUGGAAUACUGUGUGCCAAAAAGAAAUCAGGACUUAUUAUGAUACUUUUCUCGGCCUGCUGUAUCUGUGGACUGAUUGGAGGAAUAUUAAAUUUUCAGUUCCUUCGAGCACUGACAAAGAAAACCUCUUAUCUCUACCCAUUACAUCUGACCUCCAUGUCCCUUGCAUGCAUUGGAAUUGGUGGUUGCACUCUUUCUUCAUGGCUCACUUGCCGGCUAGCCAGCUACGAGCAAAGAAGAAUGUUUUCGGAAAGAGAGCAUUCAUUGCAUCAUUCCCACGAAAUGGCUGAGAAAAGAUUGAGGGGUAUUGAAAUAACCGACCUGCCCAGCUGCCCGGUGGUUCCCCCGACACCAGAGUUACCUCCAAGCAGACAGGUGUCUACAUCACCACACCCCCCCUUCAACCGACAUUAUUUGGCACCCUUUCUGGAAAUCCCAGCAGAGACCAAGGAAAUGACAGACAACAUGUGUAAUGGAGGACCACAUCUAAUUUAUAAUGGAAGAGCAUACUGAAAUAUUUACAGAUGCUUAAGGAACAAAUGUUUUCAGGGUUUUCUUUAUGGGGAAAUGAUAGGUGCCGAUAACUUGGACUGAAGGCACUGAAAAUAUUAUGGCUUUUAUUUGCAAUAAUUUCAUAACUAAAAAAGCGAGCAGCACAGUUGCAUCUUUUUUCAGAGAUUUGCUUUGAUUUUCCUUCCUGUUAUUUGAAGAUAUUUUACUGUAUAUUUUGAAAAGACACGGUAAUGAUCAUGUCUCUAAUAUCUCCUUCUUCUUUUUUGUCUGAAUUUUUUUCCUGCUAAUAUUUGAAACUGACUUUUUAGACUGCUGAAAUUCUACUUCAGAGGACUUUUUGAAAUUAAAAACAAAGCAGAACACAACAACCCACAGACAUGAAAGUAUAAAACAAAGGAUUUUGCAAUGGUAGUAAUGGAAAUUAGACUUGAAAGGUUUGCCUUUCCUAUAUGCAGUCUAAUGAAUGAAUUAUGAGCAUGCUGAAACAACAACAAUGUCUUUGUUUUGAAAGACAGAAUGCUUUAGAGGAUGCCAUAAGUCAAAACCUGAACAAUGCCUUGCUGUAAAGAAACUGUAAAUAUUUCCAAUUUGUGAAGUAUAUUUCAUAAUUUGUUCAUAAAAAGAUGUCAAAUAAAAGAAAUCUAAAAUGUAA